AUGACAGAUAUAAUUAUUGAUGAUGAUAUUAUUGAAACAACAAAACCAACAACAUCAGGUUCAAGUUCGUCAGUAACAACAACUCGUCGACCUAUGUUUAUUGAAACUGAAGUACGUACAGAUACAAUUACAAAACGACAUGUAGGAUCAACGACAGGAAGUAGAAGUGUUUAUGAUAUACUUGAAAAUACAAAAUCACCUACAGAUGGACGUCCGCCGACAACUUAUACUUAUGCUCACAGUGUUUCCUAUAUGCCUGUGUCGCAAAAUGGUACAUGUGAUGUUCCAGUAAUGGCUCGUCGUGAUUUACAUGGUGAUUAUCGUACAUAUGGAUCAUCAAGUUUUUCAUCGACAAAUUCAGUAUUUUCAUCACCGACACGAUUUAUUUCAAAUGUUCGUUCACAAUUAGCUAAUGGAUAUUCAGCUAUUCGUGAUCGUUUAACACAUCAUAGUACACACGAACAACAACAACAACAACAACAACAACAUCAAGAACAAGAACAAGGAACAGAAGCACUUUUACAUUCACCAACAUCUCAUCGUAGUACAAGAGUUUCUCGUACAUCGUCUCAAUCAUCAACAAAUGGUCAAACAACAGGUUAUUAUCUUCGUCGACGUCCACCAAUUCAUUCAACACCACGUGAUAAUGAAAAUGAAGAUAUACAGCAACGUAAAACAACAAAUAAACAACGAAAAGAACGUAAAAGUCAAGAUGAACAAGAAGAAGAAGAAGAAGAACAAGAAUAUCAUGAAAAAAAAGGAACUAAAGAUGAAAAAAUAGAUGAACAUGAAGAUAAUACAUUAAUUCAUUUUGUUAAAAAUAUUCUUUAUAUGCCAAUUAAAUUAUUCAAUUUUCUAUGGGAUCAUCUCUUUAGUUUACCAUGGUGGUUACUUAUUCCACUUCUUCUUUUACUUGGUCUCUAUAUUUUUCCUUAUUUGGCAUGCAAACCAUUCGAACAUUAUCCUGAAUCAAAAGUUUAUCAAUAUUGUCAAGAUUUUCAAGAAUAUAGAGAUAAACAAUUAAAAAAUUCCUAUAAUAAAAUUUAUGAACAAACAUAUUUUCGUGGUAGUCAUUAUAUUAAAAAAUUUUUUAAUUUUUUAAUUGGUAUAAAAGAUUGGAUUAUGAAUUUUUUGGAUGAUAUUUAUUAUUCAAUAAAAAAAACAUAUCAUCGACAAGUUAAUAAAGUUAAAGAUCGUGUUGAUGAUGUUGUAUCAACAACAAAAGAUAAUGCUAAAGAAUAUUGUGAUGCUAGUUUAGAAAAAGUUAAAACUUUAGUUGAUGAAUUUAAACGUGAAAAAGAUAAAUUACUUGGUAGUCGACAUGCAUUAAAACCUGGACAAGAAAAAGAAUUAGAAGGUCUUAUUCGACAGUUACUUGAUGAAUAUGCUGCUGAUGAAACUGGUCAAGCGGAUUAUGCACUUGAAGCUAAUGGUGGAAAAAUUGUUGAUACAAGAUGUACUGAAUAUACUGAUGAACCUCGACAAAAUGUUGUGAAAUUUCUUGGUAUUCCGAUAGUACAUAUGUCUAAACAACCAGAUAUAAUGAUAAAAGCUGGUCGAAUGCCUGGUCAAUGUUUUCCAUUUAAAGGUGAUCAAGGUAGUGUUAUUAUUAAAUUAGCUGUACCCGUUAAACCAACUGAAUUUGUACUUGAACAUUUAUCGAAAAGUAUUUCAAUUGUUGGACAUAUUAAUAGUGCACCGAAUAAUUUUACUGUUUAUGCUUUGAAAGAUAAAAAUGAUAAAGAAGGUACAGUUUUGGGUCGAUAUUAUUAUGAUGCAGAGAACGGUCCAUCACUUCAACGAUUUAAACCUCAACUUCGUCAUGUACCGACAAUUGAAUAUAUUGAACUUCGAGUAACAUCAAAUUGGGGAAAUCCAAAUUACACAUGUGUAUAUCGAUUUCGUGUUCAUGGUGAUUUGCCAGCGGUUCAACCAUCAGCACCACCAGCACCGGCUGCAUAA